AUGUUUAGACAAAGCAAGCGACGCGUCGCGCAGCGGCGCCACGGCGACGGCGCGGACGGCGCGACGAUCCUGGCCGGGCUGACAGCGGAGGAGGAGCAGGCGCGGUACGAUCAGCUGUACCCGGCCAAGCUGUCGUUCUACGCGCUGCCCCCGGUCGGCGAGAUCACGCUGGACCAGUUCGAGACAUGGGCCAUCGACCGGCUGAAGGUGCUGCUGGAGCUGGAGUCGCUGAUCCAGCGCAACCGGGCGGGCAGGGAGCUGGAGCAGGCGAUGAAGCCGCUGCUGGGCAAGCUGCUGCCGCUGGGCGAGGAGCAGGAGGCGCGCCGCAAGGACUACUACAGCCACUUCAUCCUGCGGCUGUGCUUCUGCCGGACGGCCGAGCUGCGCGAGCGGUUUGUGCGCGCAGAGACGGCGCUGUUCCGGCUGCGGUUCCAGAUGCUGACGAGCGCGGACCAGGCGCGCUUCGUGCAGAGCCUGGACCUGCCACUGGUGCAGUUCAUCGACGAGGCCGAGAAGCAGGCACUGGGCGCGCAGCUCUACGACGCGGUCGCGCCGCAGCUGCUGCACCAGCUGCAGCUGACAGACGAGGCGCAGCGGCGGCAGUUCUUCCAGCACGAGCGCUUCCUCAAGCUGCCGUUCGAGAGCGUGAUCGACCUCGUGGGCCCGCGCCACGUGCUGCUGCGCGGCGGCUGGGCGUACCUGCCGCAGUUCAUGCAGCUCAACCACAUCGCCGCGGAGUACGCCGCGCGUCUCGCCACGGACCUGCGCGCCACGUACCAGCACUUGCCCGCGCUGGCCGGCGACGACCGCCUGCCGCCCAUCCUCGCGCACCUCUCCGCCGGCCAUGUCGUCGCGCCGCCGCCGCCGCCCACCGGCGGCGGCCUCACGGCUGCCGACCUCGCCGCCGAGCCCGUGCGCGCCGCGCUGCCGCUCUGCGCGCGCGGCCUGCUCGACGGCCUUGCCGCCAACCACCACCUGCGCUACCUGGGCCGCCAGCAGCUCGCGCUCUUCCUCAAGGGCGCCGGCAUGUCCGCCGACGACGCCCUCCGCUUCUGGGCCGACGCCUUCACCGCCGGCCCCACCUCGCUCGACCGCUUCAACCGCGAGUACCGCUACGCCCUGCGCCAUACCUACGGCCUCGAGGGCAACCGCAUCAACUACCGCCCCUGGGACUGCCGCACCAUCCUCGCCAAGCCCCGGCCCGCCCGCAACGAGUUCCACGGCUGUCCGUACCGCGACUGGGCCCCGGACCGCCUCGCCGCCGCCCUCGCCGCCAUGCAGCUCGCGCCCCCCGCCGUAGCCGCCGUGCGCGACGCGUGUGCCCGCCGCGAGUACACCCUGGCCUGCACUCACGUGUUCGACGCCUGCCAUGGUCACGUGGCCCCGUCCGCUCCCGGUCACGUGCCCGCCCCUGACAUGUCGCACAUCGUGCAUCCGAACCAGUUUUUCGAGCGCGCGCGGCCCGCGUAA